UCAUCAGCACCAGCGCAACAGAACAUCGCGAUGCUCCAGCCUCUUCUUGUGUUUACUAUCGUUUAGGGAAGAUUUGAUUAUGAAAACCUUUAGAUGAUCCUUAUACAUGCUGAUGGAUGUUUUUUCUAUCGUACCAUACACAUAAAAGGAGACGCGGACGUUACAUAAAGAGUUCUGACAGGAGUCAGUCUCUCAUUAACAGUGAGGGCCUUAUCAGAGCACGUAGCAUCGUUUACAUCAAGAUUGACCAGGGCUCUUGUUUUAAUUUCGGUGAUUUCGGUGGUUUCAUGUGUAUAAAGGUGUAAGGCUCUGCUCGGUGGGAUGCACAUCAGUGCUUUGCCGUACUCUCUCUCCGUUAUAAUGGCUGCUCUAUAUCAGGGCACGGACUCGUCUUCUCCGGAUAAAUAUCUGGCGUUAAAAGACGUCAGAGAGGUGAAGGAGGAGACCACUCUAGACGAGAAGCUCUUUCUGCUGGCCUGCGAGAAGGGAGACUACUACAUGGUGAAGAAACUUCUGGAGGAGAAACGACAUGGCGAAUUAAACAUUAACUGUGUAGAUGUACUUGGGAGAGAUGCUGUCACCAUUUCAAUCGAAAAUGAGAAUCUAGACAUAUUGCAGUUGCUCUUGGAUCAUGGCUGUCAGGUGAGAACACACCCAUGUCCUCAGAUCAUGCAUAACAUGCUAGAUAAAACCAAUCUGUUCAGUUGAGAUGGAUGUGUGUGCGUGUUUGUGUG